GGCUGCGUUGAUGGUACUCAUAUUCCUAUUUUAAGACCAAAAGAAAACGAGCACAUCUAUUUCAACCGUAAAGGGUUCCAUAGUUUGAAUGCAAUGGUGAUUUGCAAUCAUCUAAACGAAAUAAUAGCAAUCAACAGUUCACAUGGUGGUGCUCCACAUGACUCGGCUGUUUGGAAUUGCAGCAAUGAGGUAGAGUUUCUAAAACAACAAUUUCAUGCAGGUGAAGUAAGCAUUCGACUUCUGGGUGAUAGCGGAUACCCUUUACAGCCGUGGCUAUUAACACCAUACCGAAAUGCAACAGAGGGAAGUGCAGAAAUACGGUUCAACAAUAUCCAUUCCGCAGCUAGGAGCCAAAUCGAAAGAACUAUAGGAAUUUUAAAAGGACGUUGGAGGUGCCUAUCAAAUGAACGAAAACUUAGAUUUGACCCCGAAACUGUCACACAAAUUAUUAAUGUUUGCUGUGCUUUGCAUAAUGCUUGCAUUCAUUUUAGGCUACCAUUCAUACCAAAUGCUAUAAGUAUUACUUCAAAUACAAAUAACACACAAGCUGAUGUAAUUUCAAAUUCAAACCUUAAUGACAAUUUAUCAAGAAUUGCCCAAAAUAUAAGAAAUAAUAUUAAAAAUUCAUUAUAAAAAAAUAUAAAUGAACAAUA